UGGGAAAGAACUGCAAACUGAAAAAAAUGGGAGACCUGUAUGAAUAAAAGCGAUUUAAAAAAUUGGAGAAAAGAGCUACCUGUAGGUAUAUUUUACUUACCAUACAUGAUCGAAAUACUGAGAAUGAGGCUGAAGUAUGAUUGGCCCAUUGUAGCAGAAAUGGCGGAAAUUCCAAAAUGGCGGAAUGCAAACCGAUGUCACUGAAAACAAACAAGAUAGACGAAGAUGGUUAAAAGUUUUACUGUGGAUUAAUUCAAUGAGUUGAUUAUGUCAGUAGAGAAAAUUAGCCGUAAAGUCAUCUCUCCAACGAUGCGAUCGGGUUCGAAUUCGUCCCCACAACACACUUUUGAAGUGAUGCAGCGUCGGUUACAAAUGGCUGAAGAAGAGACGAAAAAGUUAGUCGAUCAAUUAGCUGAUUACGGUUUCAGUAGAGAUCGCGCCGACAAUGCUGAAAAUGGAAAAAGUGGGAGGAUAGAUCCCGUUCAUCCAUUUAAAGCCUCGGGAUCGAUCUCCCCGGAAAUAGAAAUUCUUCAACGAAACUAUGAACAAAUGGUUUCGCGAGUUUGUCGUGCUGAAAGUACAAUUCAAUCUUUAAAACUUGCAAUGUGUAGCCUUGAGGCUGAGAAGAAUCUUGCUAUGAUAGACAAGGAGCCAGAUAUGGCACCUUUACCUAAAGAUACGUACGAGAAUGAGAUUAAAAAACUUAGAAAGGACUUGCAUCGGUAUAAAAAAGAGUUAGAGACUUGCGAGGCAGGGAAGAAGGAAAGCCAGACUAUGGUGAAGCGACUUGCUUCGGAGCUGGACACGUCCACACAAAUUAACGAGCAGAACAGAUUGAAAGUGGAAGAGUUCCAACUGAAUAAACAAAAAUCAACUAAGAAAAUUAACGAGCUUACAGAGGAAUUAAAAAGAGAAAAAGAUCUUCGAUCAAGCCUUGAAGAAUCACAUCUCUCUCUUCUUCAAAGAGUAUCGGAUAUGGAAAAGAUUGUAGAGUCUGGGCGUGGGGAUGUUCAAACAUUAGCACAGGACUGCCAAACACUGAGAAGGGAGGCAGUAUCAGCCAGAGAAGAGUUGGAGAAGGUUCAGCGAACUAAGGGACAACUAGAAGCCCUUGUCACUCAACUUCAGGAAGGGACAGUAAACUCUGAUUCUCAACUAGCUACUCUUACAGCGGAGAGAAAGACAUUAAAUGCAGAUGUAACAAAAUUCAGGACAGAGAACAAGGAACUGAGACAACAAUUUGAAGUUCUUCGCAAGAGUUAUGAAGAUCUUAAGGUAUUUGUCAGGCUCCUAUCUGCUCUUAGAGAAGAGAUUAGCACGCUCCACAAGCAAUUGUUGGAUGAGAGAGGCAAGACUGAGCGACUGAAACAGGAAUUUGACAGGGAGGUAUUUACUCUGCAAACCAAGAUAGAAGAAUUGACCAGGGAAAGAGAGCAUUUGACUAAAGAAAAUGACGUCGUAAGAAAUGAGGUGAACCAGGCUGUUAGCGAUUUUUCAAAUGAAAGGGACAAAGUUGUAGGAAAGCUGAAAGAUGCUGAGGGAGAGAUUCAAGGCCUGGAAGAAUCAAAGAAGUUGCUUGAAGAAGAAAAUCAGAAACUACUGGAAAGAAUUUGUGCUCUGGAGGAAAAACAGGUCAGUCAAGGCCAAAUUGAGGAAGCCAUGAAAGGCAUGAUGGAGUCGAAAAACAGACUAGCUUUUGAGAAGGGAAGCUUACAGUCGCGAGUCGAACAUCUUCAGCAAGAAUUAAAAUCGUUUGGAGCUAUUAAGGCCGAAGCUGAACAGCUCAGAAAGAUCAACAGUAAUUUACAAACCCAACAGAGCAAGAAUUUAGUUGACGUGCAGUCAUGUAAAAGCACAAUAAAGAAACUGGAAUCGCAAAUAAGAGAGGGUCAGUCAGCAAGUAGCAGGAAGGAUUCUGAUUUACGAUCAGUUAUCCAGUCCAGAGAGGACGCUUUGAGAGAGGUGGAAAAACUUGUGCAACAUGCAGAGAGCUUGGAGAGAAAGCACAGUGACAAGGUCGACUCACUGCAACGGUCGCUUAGCGAUGCGCGGGAAAACAGUGGACGGCUGUCCAGCACGAUAGAAAGUCUGAUGAAAUCACACGCAGAGCUACAGGAAGCUAUGGAACGGCUUCAAACUGAGAUGGGACAAAAAGACAGCGAACUAAACAUACUUCGCAGAGAUAAGAUUUCUUCCCAGGAGCUCAUCAAACAACUGCAGUACGAGAAUGAUGCCUUGCAAAGUAAAAUGAUCUCUAUAGAGCAGACAGAGCUACAAGAGCUUAGGCCAUUACGCGAAGCACUCUCUGAUGCGCAAGUUGAUCGAGAAGGAAUGUCAGUGCAACUGGAAAGACUAUUGUCGGCGAACAAAGAACUGCAGGACAACAUAGAGGUGCUACAGACAGAAUUAGGAAGAAAGCAAGUGGAGUUUGAAAAAUUGCUGGAAGCAAGAGAUCAUCAAAUUCGAGUGUCCUGCGAGGAGAAGGCUACAGAGGUCGAGCAAAGAGUGGAAGAAGUACUUCGAAGAGGACAAAAAGACUUGCAGGAAACGCGGGCGAAACACAAGAAAGAAAUCUCCAAGCUUAAGAAAGACCUGGAAGACGCAAACAGUUACAAGAACAAGUUCAAAGAAUCUAACAAAAAACUGGAAGACAAAGUUAAGGAGUUGGAAGAGCAAUUGUCCAAGAACAAAUCCAAACUAAAAUCACAGAAAGUGCAACUGGAGCAGCUUCGGAAAUCUCAUAAAGCUAAAGAUAUGGAAGAGGAAACUGCAAAGAGUAAAACUGAGCAUUUCAAGAAAGAAUUAAACAAUUUGGAGCGUGUCAAGAACGAAUACAUGCGCAAGAAUAGUGAACAGGCCAAAACAAUUGGAGAGUUUGUCUCAAAGUUUGCUGAUCUACAAACAGAGUUAGAGACCUUGAUCCAAGCUCAACGAGACAAAGAGGAAGAACUCGAGCAAGAAAAGAGCCGGAGAAAAGAGCUGGAACAACGGUAUAAGAAACUUCAAGCACGAGAAAAGGAUUUAGAAACAUCCAGAAAAGAGACAGAGAAAAAGCUUGCCGAGGCCAACUUUGAAACAAAGCAGGUUUCUGAGAAUUUACGCGAAGCCCAAGAAUGGUUCAAAGAAAAAUUUGGAAGCCUGCAGGCCGAGUUAACGCGAUCAAGAAAAGUACAGGAGGCGCUCGAAAAACGGAACAAAGAAAACUUUAAGAAGAGGGAUGAGGAAAAAAGAAAAGUCGACGAAGCCACAGAAAAAGCCAAGGAACUGAUGAGAGCAAGCCGAAUGACCAUCAGCAAACUGGCCAGUGACGUGGCCGAGAAUCACUGGGAAACGAAAGGAAUGAAACACGCUUUGCAGGCCGAGAGGGACUAUAACUUGAUGACGACAGAAAAGCUGGAAAGACUUAAGGAAUCUACUUCGAGGCAGAUGGAGGGCUUAGCGAUGGAGCUGGACACCUUACGUCGAUCAACACGAAGAUGACAGCGGUGUGCCUCCUUUGUUGUAGGACAUGAUAUAAACUGUCUUCAAUAAUGCACUAGGGACCUUAAGAAACCACGACGGCGACGGCAACGAGGACUUGGAAAAACAAGAGAUCUAAUUGGCAGAA